GGUUCCAUUCAGUGGGCGGUGGGGGAAUCAAAACUGUUCUUCUGCAGUCGCUCUGUCCCAUUAUCAGUUUGUAACACCCAGGUGGAAAGGUGAAGCCGCUUUCUAAAGUUUACAUAAAGAGCUAAACGGAUCCCACCUGAAGAAUAACUGGACGAAUCUGACCUCAUAAACGGAAUAACUACUGAUUCUACGUCUAAGAAGAAACGUCUAGCAGUACAUUUGUCUUUACGGCUCUGUUUGUGACCCUGCAAUUCUCCUGACACUUUCCAGCUCUCUGGAGGAGUAGUUUGAGAUUGGAGAAGUGCACAUAGCAUACAAAGAAAUGACUGAACAGGGUUUCUCUGCUUCCACUCUAUUAAAGCGCUAUUAUCUGGCCAUGACUGAGUCAAACUCAAUCUCUUCACCAUCCGGUGCUGCUGCUGAGGACCUGUCAGAUGGUAAGGACCUUACAGCAGACGGGGAUCCCAACUUCCCCAUGUCUUCACUGGCGGAACUUCUGGACAAUGAUGAUGGAUCACAGCCGCCCCAGGAUUCAGCUCGGCCUGGACUACAGAAUGAUAACAAGCAGAACUCACGAAUAAGGUUCCCAGGAGCCUUUAAAAAGGGAGUUCCUAACCCCAUGGACCUUCUUGAGUCCACCAUGUCUGAGUAUCCAGUGGCACCUGGGCCUAAGAAAGCACCUAUGGACUCCCUGUUCGACUAUGGCACAUGUAGGGAGCUCAACAACCACAAGAAACGCAGGAAGAAGCUUCCACGAGGGAAGGCCGAGAUUGAGAUGUCAUGUGACGAGGGAUCCCCAGAGCCCCCUGUUCUUAAAGUCUUCAACCGGUGGCUGUUGUUUGAAGCCGUAUCUCGAGCAGAUCGAAGAGCUCUGGAUGGUCUCCUGCAGUAUCUUCAGUCACAUGAAAAGAGGCUGAUAGAUGAAGAGUUCAAAGAACCUUCUACAGGGAAGACGUGCCUCCCAAAAGCACUUCUGAACCUGCACAAUGGUCACAACGAUACCAUCCCUGUGUUAGUGGACAUUGCCGAAAAGACAGGAAACCUCAGAGAGUUCAUCAAUACGCCCUUCAGAGAUGUGUAUUAUAGGGGUCAGACGGCACUGCAUAUUGCCAUAGAACGACGAUGCAAACAAUAUGUGGAGCUUCUGGUGGAGAAGGGGGCUGAUGUUCAUGCCCAGGCCAGGGGCCGAUUCUUCCAGCCCAGAGAGGAGGGGGGAUACUUCUACUUCGGUGAGCUGCCUCUGUCACUCGCAGCUUGUACCAACCAACCAGACAUGGUGCAUUACUUGACCGAGAAUAGCCACAAGAUGGCAGAUCUGCGGAGACAGGACUCGAGGGGAAACACAGUCCUGCACGCCCUGGUCCAUAUCGCUGACAACACUCGGGACAACACACGUUUUGUCACUAAGAUGUACGACUUGCUGCUCAUCAAAUGUGCCAAACUCUACCCAGACUGCAACUUUGAGAAUAUACUCAACAAUGAUGGCAUGUCCCCUCUCAUGAUGGCUGCCAAGCUGGGCAAAAUUGGGGUGUUCCAGCACAUUAUCCGGAGAGAGAUAAAAGAUGAGGAGGCUCGACAUCUUUCCCGGAAGUUUAGAGACUGGGCUUAUGGACCCGUUUACUCCAACCUGUAUGAUCUGUCUUCACUGGAUACCUGCGGAGAGGAAGUCUCUGUUCUGGAGAUACUCGUCUACAACAGCAAGAUUGAGAAUCGCCAUGAGAUGUUAGCGGUGGAACCCAUAAACGAGCUGCUGAGGGCCAAGUGGCAGAAGUUUGCCGCUGUGACCUUCUACAUCAGUGUGUUUUCCUACCUUGUCACCAUGAUCAUCUUCACUCUUGUGGCCUAUUAUCGUCCAUCAGUGGGUACACCCCCUUACGACUACAGCACCACAGAAGCCAAGGUGCGUUUGGCAGGGGAGAUCAUAACCGUGGCUUCUGGAGUCUUUUUCUUUGUAACAAAUAUUAAGGACCUUUUCCUGAAGAAGUGCCCGGGGGUGAAUUCUUUAUUUAUUGAUGGAUCCUUUCAAUUCCUCUACUUCAUCUACUCCGUGUUGGUGCUGGUGAGUGCAGCGCUGUAUCUGUCAGGGAUUGAGGCCUAUGUGUCUGUGAUGGUGUUUGCUCUAGCACUAGGUUGGAUGAACACCCUCUAUUUUACCAGAGGCCUUAAACUCACUGGAACUUACAGCAUCAUGAUUCAGAAGAUUCUAAUCAAAGAUUUGUUCCGGUUCCUGCUGGUUUAUGUGCUCUUCAUGAUCGGCUAUGCAUCAGCAUUAGUGUCACUGCUGACCAUCUGCCCUGAUCAGAAGACAUGUAAAGAUAGCUGCCCCAAAUACCCAGAAUGCCGAGAUACAAACACCUUCAGCGAAUUUCUCUUGGACCUGUUUAAGCUGACCAUAGGCAUUGGAGAGCUGGACGACAUGCUAAAAGGCGCACAGUAUCCCGUCGUCUUCCUCAUUCUCCUGGUCACCUACAUUAUUCUCACCUUCGUCCUGUUACUCAACAUGUUGAUCGCUUUGAUGGGAGAGACGGUGGGACAGGUGUCCAAAGAGAGCAAGCAGAUCUGGAAACUGCAGUGGGCAACAACUAUCCUGGACAUUGAGCGGUCCUUCCCUGUGUGUCUGCGGAAGUCUUUCCGUGUUGGAGAGAUGGUUACUGUGGGUAAAGGCUUGGAUGGAACGCCAGACAAACGCUGGUGCUUCAGGGUGGACGAGGUGAAGUGGUCCCACUGGAAUCAAAAUCUGGGGAUCAUAAAUGAGGAUCCAGGCCAGAAAGACCAUUACGAACAAACACAGGGUGGACGGGGCCUUCGAAGAGAUCGCUGGUCAACGGUCGUCCCAAGAGUGGUUGAACUGAACAGGGGCUCCAGAGACCAUAUCCUAGAGAUGGAGCCUCUCACAGGCAGACACAGACAUAAGUCUGAAAGCUAAAGCUGAACACUAAAGACUUAUUGUAAAAGAGGGUAAAGCCCUUGAAACUACAGUUUUUUUAAUUACUAUUGGGAGAACAGCUCUUUAUAUAUUAUGACCUUUAAAAGUAUCCUGAUUUUUUUAUGAUGUUGAUUGUGUUUUACAUGUAUAUUUGGAACCAUGAGACACUCAGGAACAUAUUUAAUGUGUGAUGUUGUAGUGUUUUUCGUAGUGUGCAAUAGAUUUUAAAUAGAUUUUUAUGAUUAUUAUUAUUAUUUUGAUCAAAAAACAAUGUCUUGCAAUAUCAGCGUCUGUCUGCUUUGAUUCCUGCUGACAUUUGUUAUGGAUUAUGUGGAAAAGGUUACAUUUGAAUCAAUAAUCAUGUCAGAUUACCUCAGUGUUACAUGUGCCUUGUGAUAAAGUGCAGCCCCCUUUUUUAGUGAAAAACUGUAUUGUUAUUCUUUUGUUAUAUUGCAAACCCAUAACGGAAGGACAAAGAAUGCUGCUCUGAUUUGGCCUUUGGCUUUGUUUUGUAAUAAAGGUCAUGUAGAAAACAGAUGUGGCUCCCACAACAGGAGUGUGUACAAUGCCAGACAGCAGCAGUUUGCUAUUUUCACCUCAGUAUGAUAGCAAUAGUGUGACACUGAACUUAAUUGGUGUGAUAGUGGUAAUGAUUCAAAGCGACCGGUUCAUAUGAGAGGUUUCUUUUUUUCACUGAUAAACCAAUGCCAAAAGACAUAUUUAGGGAAACUAUUUUAUGUAUUUUUAAUAUAUAUAUUUUACAGAGUACAAAAUGCAUUGUCCAAAUGCUGUAGGCUAGUACAUGAUUGAUAAAAUUAUUAUUAUUAUUUUUAAUGACUGUUUCAAUUUAGGUUUUUUUUUAAUUAUUUUUGAAGUCCAUCAAGUGUGAUUUAUAGAGGGCUGGAACAGGGCUGAUCUCAAGCCUGAUUUCCACACUUUGGUCAUUUGACCACUUUGGUAAAAUAUCCUUUAUGUAUUGUAUUAAACACUAUUGUUUAGGAAUCAGAAGAAUGUACAGAAAUAGAUGGUAAAAUAUUCUUGUUUGCAAAUAUUAUCCUGUCCGCUUGUUAGAUGAUUGAUGCUGCUUUUGAUAAACAAUAUAUUUAUGUGCUGGAUUGGAUGCCUAUUCCAACAAUCAGAGAGAUUUGUUUCAUCAACAAUAAAGAGAUUUUGAAUUGCAGA